AUGGAGCAGGUGAAGCACGGGGCUUGUGGGAUUAGUCAACCGAAUCUCGCAAAACUCACACACUUCCUCUCCCCCCACCACCCACCCACCCGCUUCAGAACCGAGACACGAGAGACACUCGCAGAAGCAGAAGAACAUCUACAGCGGCCGUCUGACGGAUUUUCAGUCAAGGGAAUGCCACGGUCCUUUCUUGUGAAAAGUAAGAGGGCGGGGCAUCGCUCCUCACGCUCCGCCCACUCCCAGCAUCACCUGAAUGAUGGACGGGUGUCCAGUAAUGAACCGCUGUCCUGUACGAACACAGAGAGAAGCGAGCCGUCAUCAGAGUUCAGGAGUGAGACUACACAACACUGGUGUUCUUCUACAGCAGAGAAGCAGACAGACGCUCAGACGAACCUGUCGUCCUUCACCUCACUGGAGACAGAGACGGAUGUGAUGCGUCUGCUUCAAGUGUUCCUCGCUCACCAUCAGCUGAUGAACGUCCAGGCGUCUCUGUGUGAGUGUUUGCUCUGUGAGAAGCUCCUGUCGUCUGCGGUGGGUUUGGCAUCUCACUUGAGUAAGUCACAUGUCAACGGCGCUGCUUUCCCAUUGGCCGGAUCCCCGGCUCACGCUCGGCAGCACUAUGAGUACGGACCAACAGAAACUCUCAGAGUGAAGGAAAGGAGUUUUGGUUGUAAGAUUUGUGGGAAAGUGUUUAAGAGAUCGUCGACUCUCUCCACACACCUGCUCAUCCACUCGGACACUCGACCGUUUCCCUGUCCAUACUGCGGCAAGAGAUUCCACCAGAAAUCUGACAUGAAGAAACACACCUUCAUACACACCGGUGAGAAGCCUCACGUGUGUGUGGUGUGCAGUAAAGCGUUCAGUCAGAGCUCUAAUCUGAUCACACACAGCAGGAAACACAACAGUUAUCAUCCCUUCAGCUGUCCUCACUGUACGCUCAGCUUUCAGAGGAGACUGGAGCUACAGCGACACCUACAGACACACACUGACAACAACAACACUAUCACAGGACCUGAGAGAAAACAGCUGUCUGACAACACUUACUGACAAUAAUCUGUUUUACACCUAGCGUUCAACUGCACCACCCGUGGUACAAACACCAUUCCAAAGAGAUCUCUGCAUGAGUUAUGAUAUUAUGAUGAACUAAACUCAAACAUGACCGUGUGUAAUAACUGUGACAUUAUAAAGAUUUCCAGAUAAAUUGCUUUGACGUCGGAAAAUUACACUAUAUAAACUCAUUUUUACUAAAAAAGUUUUUAAUACCAAAGAAUUUUGUUGAAUAAUAGCAGAAGAUUUUUCCCGACCCUUACAUUUGUUAAAUUAAGCCAGAAAAUGUUUAUAUUUGACAGUUUAAGCAUAUUCAUUUAUCAGCCAAUAGUUGGGUUUGUUCCUUUUCGACCCAGUGCUGGGUAUUAAAUAUACACAGUCAUUUUUUCCUUUCUUGACACUGUAAUUAUUUUAAUGUAUACGAUCAUACGCUAUCACUCUGUCUAUAUAACAUGAAAAUAAACGUUUAUACUCAAUGUCUGAAAAAUGCAUUGUGUGCUCAUGGUGGUCUUUAGCAACACGAGAAUGAUAAUAUACCAUUAUUAGUGUUUUAAACAAGCAAACUCUCAUACUUGUUCUUCACGAUGCGUUUGUGUUUGUCUUUGACUCUCCGAAGAACAUCAUCACUGAUUCAUCAUGACAAUCCUGACGUAUAUAUUCAG